ACAAAUUCCUAGCUUGAUGGAUUUCGAUCGCCACAGAGCGCGCCAAAAAAGUAUACCAACAAGUGAUAAUGAAUCUAAAUAUUACUUCUCAGAUAUUGGCGAUUUAGGUCGAUCGAAAGAGGGAAAACAAUUAAGGAGACGCAAAACUGCUGAUGAAUCCGACUCCAAAGAACCUUUUAAAAGUCGAAGCAUUUCUGCGGAUAAACAAACAACAAAAUAUGAUCCACAAAAUGAAAAGAUCGGCAAAAAGCUUACAGAACGAUUUCAACCAAGACAAGGUCCUGAAAAGUCAGAUGUGUAUGCCAAACGAAAGUCAAAAGACGUUACGCCGGAUGUCAUUCGUUACUCUACAGAGACUGCAGAUAACGACGAAAACGACGACGCGAGGGGCGACAGAGGAGGAUUCAACCCCCCUGCCAAGUUUGGGUCGUGGGGCCAACUCCUUAGUUCGAACGCCAAACGACAUUACUCGUCUCUGCACCCCUCUAACCAGCCCCCUCCAGUCACUGCGACCACAUCGACCAUCCCCCGAGUUGCUAGGCAACGGCGUCAGCAGCAACAGUUGUACAGGGGGACUGCGAGGCACCCCGCGGGACUGAGUUCGGAAUCGGAGUCCUCCGGAGCAUCCCUGCCUUCAUCCUCAUCCGAAGAGGAGGAUGGAGAUGAUGAUGAAGAUGGGGAUGAUGAUGACGAUAAUGACGUCGAGAAUCAUUCAGAUGCCACUACUUGCACGGGAUCGGAAAUGGCACUGGCCGCAGCAUCUACCAGAAGUGAUCAACAGAAAGAAAGAAGAUUGUUCGAAUCAGAUAGCUAUACUCCGACCCAUGUAACAAGCACAACAACUACUACGGCCACUCCAUCCGUGAAGUCUAUUCCUCUGGCAGUCGGCAGGUCCCACAGCCAGACCACCAACAUGGACCCUCGCGACUUCCGCUCCUCCUGUCUCGCUCGGACGCCGUCCGGUUCACUCUUCAUCCCCAGCGAAUGUAAAGUUCCUGCUUCACCUUUAAAUUGCCAUUUAUCUAGCCAACUUUCGAAGUCUGUAAAUGAAAAUAAGAACAAUCCAGAAAGAUGCCACUUGAGUUACUCGUCCGGAGUUCCAGUUCCGGUAUGCAACAACGUCCGGCGGUCCAGUCCGGGACACUACUCCCGUUUCCAUUUCCGGAAAUCUUUCUCAUCCCGUUGUACAUGGAAGUGUACAGCCAUAGUCUGUCUAUUUAUAUCUUUAGCCAUCUUGUCAGCCCUAGCCUAUUUUGUAGCGCUUAUGUUUCCUUAUUGGCAUCAUGCCAGUUCUCACCCAUGCCCUGUGAUGGUAGAUGAUAUGGAACAGGAAAUAGGAAGAAUUAAUUCAGCAAACAUCCCAAAGAAAACACCUCCACCGAGGAGUGAAACUUUCUCUGAGCUGCAACUGGGCAAGGUCACGACAUCCAAAAUCGGAAGUUUCGGUUAUUGGAACUACCAAUUUCACCUUCGAAAUCCAUCUCUAGUCAAAUUCAAUUACACUCUCGCUCAUGGUGCAAGCUUGGGUGUCUAUGGAAGAAGAGACGGAGUACCCACGCACACCAGAUACGACUUCUUCGAAAUACUUAAACCAAGGAGCAGGAGGACUAAAAGAUCAGAUAAAGAGAGUUUCAGUGUUGAAUUUGUGCAGUUUCUGGAUCGAGGGUUGUGGUAUGUAUCUGUCUAUAAUGAUGGAGAUCAACCAAAUGACGUCAUUUUCACAUCAACUUUUACGGAUGAUUCUAGUUUACCUUGUCCUUAUGAUUGCCAUGGUCAUGGUGCUUGUGUUAUGGGCAGGUGUGUCUGCAAUCCGGAUUAUGCGGGUGAUUCAUGUGCAUAUCGUGUGUGUCCAGUUCUGUGUAGCGGUAGAGGACAGUAUGUGAAUGGUGCUUGUGUGUGUAGCUCAGGUUGGAAAGGUAAGGAAUGCCAAUUACGGGAUGAUGAAUGUGAAACAGCAGACUGCAAUGGCCACGGCGACUGUCUUGACGGCAUGUGUAGAUGCUUUCCUGGAUACAAAGGGGCUCACUGUGAAGAAGUGGAUUGCCUUGAUCCCGAUUGUUCAGAUCAUGGUUUGUGUCUGGGAGGUAUGUGCGUAUGUCGAAAAGGAUGGAAAGGUGCUGAUUGCAAUGAGCCUGAUUCUGAUGCACUCCGUUGCUUACCAGACUGUUCAGGACAUGGACAGUUUGACUUGAAAUAUCAGAAAUGCACUUGUGAUGAACAAUGGACUGGAGCGGAUUGUUCACAAGAAAAAUGUGAUCUGGACUGUGGUGAUAAAGGUCAUUGCGAAGGUGGUCAAUGUGUGUGUGGUGAUGGAUGGACAGGGCCAAAAUGUAGUGAAAAGCUCUGUGAUCCACGUUGUACAGAACAUGGUCAGUGCAGGAAUGGUACAUGUCUUUGCAUUCAAGGAUGGAAUGGAAAACAUUGUACUAUAGAUGGAUGUCCCAAAAACUGCAAUAAUAAAGGAGAAUGUCAGAUGACUGAUGACAAUGAGUGGACUUGCCACUGUCAACACGACUGGGAUGGACCCUCGUGUGCAAUUCCUUUAGAAAGAAACUGCAAUGAUGGCAACGAUAACGACAAAGAUGGACUAAUAGACUGCGCUGACAGUGAAUGCUGCCUAGAGAAAGCUUGUGAAAACAAUCCACUGUGUUUCUCAGCGGUCGAUCCACUGGACAUAUUGCUGAGGAAGCAGCCGCCUGCUGUAACGGCUUCCUUCUUUCAACGAAUGCAAUUUCUGAUUGAAGAAGGAUCAGUUCAAAGCUAUGCACAUAAAAAUGUUUUCAAUGACAGUCGUGCGUCUGUUAUCCGAGGUCAGGUGAUCAGCACAUCAGGUAGUGGAGUAAUGGGAGUAAGAGUUGGUCUUGCUGGUAGUAAUCAACCAGGUUUCACUGUCACAAGAGAAGCUGGAUGGUUUGAUAUAUUGGUGAAUGGUGGUGGAGCCGUGAAAUUACAUUUUCAGAGGGAUCCGUUUAAACCCAAAGACAUAACAGUUGUUGUUCCCUGGAAUGAAAUAAUUGUCAUAAACAAAGUUAUUUUGAGUCUGGAGGAGGAAAAGACUCCCGAAUACAAAUCUCUACUUUGCCUGGAUCAUGAUUAUGACAAUAUGAAACCUGUUGUAUUGGCUACAUGGAAACAUGGUUUUCAAGGGGCAUGUCCAGAAAAAAGUUCAAUUCUUGCAGAGCCGCAGGUUGGUGGCGAAACUUUUUUCACAGUUAUUCAAGAAAGUUUACCUAUCCCAGGCACUGAUUUGCAUCUUGUAUACCACAGCAGUAGAACUGGUGGAUAUCUUUCAACGAUUCAGUUGCAGUUAACUCCGGAUUCUAUUCCUCCAACUCUGAGACUCAUACAUUUGCGUAUAUCUAUUGAAGGAAUAUUGUUUGAAAAGAGCUUUGAAGCGGAUCCAGCUAUUAAAUUCACUUAUGCCUGGAACAGAAGAAACGUUUAUAGGCAAAAAGUUUACGGCAUUGCAUCUGCUACAGUGUCUGUUGGAUAUGAGUACAGUUCGUGUCAACAUGUCAUCUGGGAAAUUCAAACAACUCAAGUGAGUGGACAUGACAUGAGUGUUUCUGACAUUGGAGGAUGGAAUCUAGAUAUUCAUCACAAAUACAAUUUUCACGAAGGUAUAUUACAAAAAGGAGAUGGUAGUAAUAUAUACUUGAAAACGAAGCCCAAGCUUCUUUUGACUACAAUGGGCAACGGCAUGCGCAGAGCCCUGGAUUGUGAGAGCUGUAAUGGAACGGCAAAGAACCAGAUGUUGUUAGCUCCUGUGGCUCUUGCCAGCGCUCCAGAUGGAAGUAUAUAUGUGGGUGAUUUCAAUCUGAUUCGUAAAAUAACACCAGAAGGAUUGGUAUCAACCGUUGUUCAAUUAAGCACUGCCCAAGUUGCCUAUAGAUACCAUUUAGCUGUGGGUCCUGUUGAUGGUAGACUUUACAUAUCUGAUCCUGAAAAGCAUCAGAUAUUGAGAAUGAAGUCUGAGAGUACCAGCAUCGUAGAUAAUCUGGAGAUUGUUGUUGGUAGUGGUGAAAAAUGCUUACCUGGGGAUAAACUCUCAUGUGGAGAUGGCCGACUCGCAAAACUGGCCCGUCUGGCAUAUCCAAAAGGCAUUGCAAUAUCUGCUCAAAAUGAAAUUUAUGUGGCAGAUGGCACGAAUAUUCGAAUGGUUGAUAAAAAUGGCAUUAUUCAUACCAUCAUCGGUGAUUAUUAUCAUAAAAGUCAUUGGAAACCAGUUCCAUGUGGAAGGACAGUCAGUUUGUCUCAAGUUAAUUUAAGAUGGCCCACUUCAUUAGCUAUCAAUCCUUUGGACAACUCACUUCACAUUCUUGAUGAUCAUAUGGUCUUAAGAGUAACGCCUGAUCGCCGAUUAAAAGUGGUAGCAGGCAGGCCCAUACAAUGUGCCACUCAGAUGGCGAAGGAGAAAGCAGAAAUCUCACCAGAAAUAUAUUUAGAAUCUCCUCAAAGUAUUGCAUUUGCUCCAAAUGGUGAUCUCUACAUAGCCGAAAGUGAUUCCCAGUUAAUUAACAGAGUUAGAAUCAUUGGCAGCGAUGGUAGAAUUCAACAUUUUGCAGGGGCGGAAAAUGACUGCAACUGUAUGGAGGAAGCUUGUGAGUGUUUUGACGAGGAAAGAUUUUUAGCCUUUAGUUCCAAAUUGAACAGCAUAUCGGCAAUAACUGUAACUGCAGAUGGUAAUCUGCAUAUUUGUGAUCAAGGUAAUUUAAGGAUACGUUCGAUCACUUCGUCAUUACCUGUGCCAACUGAAGCUCACGAAUAUGAAAUCUAUGCACCGGAAGUACAAGAAGUGUAUGUCUUUAAUCGCCAUGGUCAACACGUCACAACUAGAAAUUUAAUUACUGGAAAACCGAUUUACACUUUUUCAUACAAUGUAAACACAAGUUUUGGCAAACUAAGUACAGUUACAGAUGCUGCUGGAAACAAAAUUUACAUUCUGAGAGACUACAGUAAUCAGGUCAACACGAUAGAAAACACUCAAGGAGGAAAGUGCAGACUAGAAAUGUCAAGAAUGGGAAUGUUGCAGAGCUUCACAACUCCGUCAAACUUUAAAACACAAUUUGACUACCAUGGCAGCAACGGACUUCUGCGGAGCAAGUCGGACAGCACUGGCAAAUCUUAUGUUUAUGCUUACGACGAAUAUGGUCGCUUGAUAGAAGCUAUUAGUCCAAGUGGACAAAUCAUUCAGCUCUCAUACAAUCUCAGCAUUAAAGGAGCUUCUGUAACUGUAACGAGGGAUGAAAAAGAUUCCGUCGUUCUUUUAAUCAAAGGAUCUGACGUCACCACGAGAAUAGGAAGUGCUGAAAAAAGAGUAACUCAGUUUCCGGAUGGCAGUUUAAUCCUGACGUCUCCUGAUUCCAGUACCAUCGAAGUGGACACGACAACCAGUCCUAUUUUAAGUAAUGAAAAUCCUUUAAUUGCAGAGAGCUACCCACUACCUACUAAACUCAAAGAAACUCUCAGCGAAGACAAUGUCCAACACCUUGAAUGGAAAUACCUGAUUAAGAAAGCAGGCAAAGGACAAACUAGAGAAAUUACGCACAUAGGAAAGAUCUUGAAGGUGAAUGGUGAGGUGUUUUUCUCUGUAGAAUUUGACAGGGAAGAGCACAGUGAAACUAUCUUUGACCGGAACCAAGUACCUCUUCUAACUGCUCAUUAUGACGUUUUAGGACAACCACAGCAAUGGAAACCAGCUCAUAAUUUCACAUCUGUGCGACUGGACUAUGACCGAUAUGGCAGAUUGUCUCACUGGGAGCGAGGUUAUCUCUUCGAGAGAUACACAUUUGAUAUGCAGGGAAGAUUGGCAGAAAUCAGACAUGCAGAUAAUACUGGCAUAAUGUACAAGUAUGAUGAGGGAGCAAUCAGUAUGCCAAGUGAGGUGAUUGUUCCAAGUGGCAGCAGAUACCUUUUACAAUAUGAUUCUUCCGAAGGACUUCAAGCAAUAAUCACUCCAAAUGGCCACAAACAUGAAUUGGCUUUCCAAACUUCUCUUGGAUUUUAUAAAAUUUUAUAUCUUAGUCCAGGAGUGCGCUAUCCAUUUGUGACCCACUAUGGGGACAAUGGUCAACUACUAGCAAAACUGUACCCUGAAAAUAAUGGCCGAGUGGUAUAUUUAUACAAUGAAAAUGGAAAUGUAAAAACUAUACUCUGUGGACCUGAGAGAACAGAUUUCGCAUACCUGGAUCAAAAGACCCUGGUUCGUUCAUGGACGAAAACCGUACCGGAACUUGAACUAAGAACUGACUAUCGGUAUCAUGGUAUACUAGUGCAAGAGGAACGGUUUAGGGUGAGCAGUCGAAGUGCUCUUAGCAAUGCCAAGUUCAAAUACCAAUAUGAAGGACACAUUAAUAUCGUUGAAAUCGAAAUUGGUGGAAAAGCUGUAAGUGAAAUCCGUUACAGAUAUGGAGUACAAUCUGGAGCAUUGGAACAAGUUCAAAAGUUUCUUAUUCAUAGACCUAAAAUUAACAAUGUCUUCAUCCAAGACGAUCAACGCCAUUUUUCCAAGACAAUCGCUCACGAUUCCUAUGGAAAAAUUUCACUAUUGGCUAUAAGUCUAUGGAAUCGAGAGGUGUUCUCUCUUAGCAUACGUUAUGACAAUAGGGGAAGGAUAAGGCAAAUGAGUAGCAAAGCUGGUUAUGAUGUCCCGCCUGAAGUUAACAACUGCACUUACACACCUGACGGUUAUUUGAGUGAAGUAUCUGGACGCCGUAAUUAUAGGUUCCUGUACGAUGUUAAUGGAAACAUGAAAACGUUUUGGGAAGAUGACCACCAGGUGACUCUUAAGUAUGAUGAUGGGGACAGGUUGAUUGGGUACAAUGACAUGGACAUGUAUGAGGUCGAUGGAAGAGGUUUCCUUGUGAGGAAAGGUCAAGACAAAUUUACUUUCAAUGCUAAGGCACAGCUUAUCCAUGCUGUUCAAUCUGGUUUAUAUGAAGUUUAUUAUUAUUACGAUGCUUUUGACCGUCCAGUUGCGUGGAGGGAUCACAAGGGAAACGUAACCCAGUUUUUCUAUACUAAUCCGAAAAAUAUAUAUCAAGUCACACACAUCCACAAGACUGAAAACAAAGAAACAUUGUCAUUGAUUUAUGACACCAACAAUCAUUUGAUGUAUAUCGAGGAUUCGGCGUCUAACAAAUAUUUUGUAGCUACAGAUCACUUAGGUUCUCCUUUACUUGUGUUCACUUCAGAAGGUAAAGUCGUCAAGGAAAUAAAAAGAACGCCAUUUGGAAAGUUAGUGUUCGAUUCUAACCCGUCAUUUAUGAUAUUUGUUGAUUUCUGCAAUGGUUUGAGAGACCCAUACACUGGAUUAUUGUUUUUCAAAAAUCGUGCUUAUGAUUCUACUGGUGCCCAGUGGUUGACGCCCAAUUGGGAGGAUGUACCCAAGUAUAUUUCAAAGCCAUACAUGAUUCAUUUGUAUCGUUUCCAUGGAAACAAUCCAGUAAAUGAUUAUGAAGAUAAUUAUCAUUUAGAUAAUUUAAACAAAUGGAUAUCAGCCUUUGGCCUCGGAAAAUUCAACGCACCAUUCGCAGAAACCCUGAAUCCGAAUCCUGAGGUAGCAUAUGAUGUCAAACCAAGUUUGCCCGUUAUCUCUGGCUUAAGUUGUACAGCAGACGUCGUCUCUCGAGAAUUCUUUCGCAUAACUACCGUUCCUCGCACUGAAAUACGUGGACACAUAUCAGGAAGUGAAUUGAAUCCACAGUUGGCAAAUCUACCAUCCGUUCUCGGCGAUGGCCUUCUCUUGUCAAGACGGAAUAAUCGUGCAAUUGUGCACGUCCUCAGCGAUGCUAGUCCAAUUCUAAGAGAUGUCAUCACCACGGUUCUCAAUGACACUGAAUAUGUUGAUCUCCAUUUCUCACUGCAUGGGCAGGACUCGUUCUUCCUGGUUCAACCAGACCAGAGGCGAGUUCAAGAGGAUUGGGAUCAACUUCAAAGACUGGGUACCAUGUAUAACGUGACCAUGCACGCAGGAGAUGGUCACGUGGAUCUCAGGCUGAGAAGUCCAGCCAUUUUGCUCAAUGUCCGCUACGGCGGAAGCUCUGAAGAAGAGCGAAAAAGACUGUUGAGUCAUGCCAAGAGAAAAGCCAUCAAAGAUGCCUGGCAGAGAGAGGCCAGGCUUAUUCAGAAAGGACUGAGAGGAAGCAGGGAAUGGACAAAGUCAGAAAUAGAAGACCUGCUGACGAAAGGAGAUGUGACAGACUAUUACGGAGAAGACAUUCAUGACGUGGAGACGUUUCCUCUACUGGCUGAUGAUCCCACUAAUGUCGUUUUUCGGAAAUGAACUGUCUCAUAUUCCUCUCAUCCAAGUUUAUCUGUGAUCUGUGUAUAAAACAACAAGCUACAGGGGUGUAAACUAUGAACUGAAAACAAAUCCAACUGUGUUAUGAAAAAUGUUAUAAAAUACUAUAAAUUAUAUCUUCUGAAGGCGAAAGAUUUUAUUCACCGAUCCUUCCUUUUCAUUCUCAAGUCAAAAAUAUAUCAUCCCUGUAGUUUAUACGAACUAUUUAUUAUUAUUAUUUUUUUUUUUUGCCAAGCAUGUGAAUACUUCAUCUCACUUUAUUUGAAAAAUCAAUAUUUUGUGUUUCAAGAAAGACUAUAAUUUAUUCUUGUUUCAUAGUUUGUGAUAUUUUAAUGAGUUUCAACGAUAAACAGUUUUUUUUUUCAACUGGUUCUGAAAUUCUUCAAGUCAUGUACUGUGCUAUGCUUGGUCACUUUAUUUGUAUAAUUUAACUUGGUUUUUAGAAAUCAACGUCCAAGUUUUUCAAUCUGCCUUAUAUCGAAUUGAAUUAUAAGUUUAAAUUGUGUAAAUAUUUUUCCACAAGUCAAAUUGUUACUGUGUUAACUAUGAAAUCAUGCAGGGUAUCAACUACAAAAAUUUAAAGCAACUGUAUCAAAAUCAAAAUAUAUCUUUAAAAAGUAUAAAUUAUACAUACAUUGUGAUUAAUAAUUGUACAUAAUAUUUAACUAACUAUAUAAACAGUUUAAUUUUGAAAAGAAAUGGUUCUUUCCUUCAAUUUGUCAUUUAUUUUUUAAAAAAAUGGUGCAUUCUCUUCUGAUUGUGCUUUUCAAAUUUUUUAAAUACAAUUCCUAUGAAAUAUUUUUUGAAAAAGCUAAAUGAUUUACCGUGAUAUAUUUUAUUCUAUCAGUUAUUGUGCAAUAAUUUGUUUGAAAACAGCAAUUGUUUAAUAUUGUAUUGUAUAUCUGUUUUGAUUUAUUUAUUUGCAUAUUUUUACAAUUGGUUAUUGAACAUUAUACUAAUUUAAAAAUAGUAAGUUAUUUUGAAAUUUCAAAAAUAAUUACUAUAUUAACAAAAAUGCAUUACAAUAACACAAUUAUAUCCAUGCGUGAUUUGUUCUACAAAAUGGCAAAAUUUAUACAAUAAAGUUUCAACUGAAAAUAUGUUUGUAAUAAAAUGACUUUUAGAACAUGUUUCAGUGGUGUGGAUAUUACAUAUUGAAUUUAGUCAAAUUUAUCAUGUCCUAGAUGAAUAAAUAUUCCUCGUACGAGAUAAAAGAAACUAAAUAAUCAACAAAUCUGAAUUUAUUAUUUGUAGGAUAACAUUCACUUAAGUCAGGGGUAUAUAAUGACAUAAUUAUUAGAGCUUAAAUAAUUUCUAUUUCUAUUAUAAUUUGUUGCCUUUAGUCACGACUUUACGUUAUUAGAUUAAGCAGAACACGCUUAUCGAAGUUCGGCUUUUCAUGAUAAAAUUCAAUAUCAUAUUCAGCACUAAAAAUAAUGCUAUUAAUAGCUGCCAAGCUAUUUUAGUCAUACUUUAUCAAAAUGUAGCAAUUUUCUCCAUUAAUUUUGUUGUUAUUUUUAUUUUAAUUACUAUUGGUUUAAGAAUGUGUAGUUGUAGAGAGAUAAAUUUUAAAAUCUUGACUAUAAACAAAAUAAACACUUGGUUUCAGAUAGCUUAGAGACACUAUUUGACUGACAUAGCGAUAGAGAUACUAUUUUACUGACGUAAACUCCAAUUGAAUUAAACAGAGCUAUAAGCUUAGAAACAACACUAAUGUUAUCUUGAUAUUUAAAGUAAAAAACAACAUAAUCGUCUGCAGAUAAAUUUAACAAUGACUAAUACUAAACCAAUGAGAAAAGUUCAUCUUUCAAACGUCUCUCUCGAACGUCCUAAGUAAAAAUUUUGUUCGAUUUUUGAAUCGGGGUCUAAAAUAGUCCCUUGCCUCCCAUUGUCAAAAUUUCAAAACCAUAGAAUAAAAUUUUCUGGUGUUAUAAAGGAGACAAAAUAUAAAGGUACGAAUAUGACAUAAUAAUUUUGAGGAAAUUUAGUAUCAUCUUUAGUUAAAUAACAUCCACAUCAAUAAAGCAUAUUGUUGAUUACAUUUUUUUGUUGUUUACGGUUACAUUUUUAAGUUAAUCCCUCCAUAAAUUUUUUUCUGUUUUUUUGAAUUGUAAGUUUUGCUAUUUUGUAGUAUAAGUUACAUGUGGAGUUAUCCUUUAAUAAAGUCAUAAUAACUUUAUUUUAGUAUUUUUUUUCCUCCAAACAGUAGAGAUUGAUAAAACUACUAACUUAAGAAUGGUUUUUAAAAAUUUAAGAACUUGGUUUAGUAGGAAAGACUGUUUUGAUAAUUUUUGAUUAGCUUCUUAAAUCUGAAUAUUCAAAAAUUUAUUGUCCUUCAAAAUCUUCAAACAGGGUCUGAAAAAUUUUAAAGCAAAAUAUAUCUCUAUGCUUUAAAAAAACCUCUUUUACAACAUAUCUUUUAGAAAGGCCAACAAGUACUUUAAACUACAAGUUAUUGUAAAACUAAUCACCGAUUCAUUUUUAUACAGAUCUCAUUCAUUUUUGAUCAACAUUCCUUACUCAACGAGAGGACUAUUAAAAACGAAUGUUUUUAAAAUCGAACUUUGAAUUGCAAAAAAAAAAAAAGAAAGAAAAAGAACUAGGGGUUUUCUAAAGUAACUAGCUGUGAUUUGUAUGCUUUUAUAUUUAUAUAUGUAUGUAUCCCACAAAUGUAUGUGUACAAAAGAAAGCUAAAAUUAAGAUAUGGACAAUCAUAAGGAAAAAAAUGGAAAGCACCAGUGCUGGACACUCAACUUUCAAUUUCUCAACUUUCAUGUCUCGUCCCUUUUAUGUGUUAGUGGCCGUUCUAGGUCACUCUGAAAAACUUACUCGAAUUAAAAUUCUGUUAGUUAUUUUCAUUUUUUUAUCGUCACCAUGACGAUGAAAAUGGACGAGUAAGAAGCUUCCGUCGAAUUGCAAUGCCGAAUUGUUUUAAUGCAUCCAUCAGGCUUAGCUGGGGAUGUUAUGUAUAUAUUGUUUAAUGCCUUGUACAUACUUGCCUAUAUAUAUAUAUAUAUAAACGAUUAUGAAAUGUUUGUACUUAAUUGUUGUUGUGAAUUUUAAUACUACAUUUAGUCGACUUUGAUGAUUAAAUAAUAAAAUUGGACCAAAGUAAA